GCUUUCCGCCUUGAUGCACACACUUCACACACACACAGAAACCCUGCGAGUCUGCUUCUUCCUUUCCUCUCCAACCCUGCUUCUCAGCAUUUCUUUCCCCGCCUCCCUAUCCUGUUCACAUUUUCCAGCCAACGGCUGGAACGGACUUCCGCAAUCCUAAUGAAAUAAAUCCAGCACCCCUAGUCAUCUGCCCACAAGAUCCACACUCCCCAGCUGAAAGGAGCCCGGAGCACAGAACCCCAUCAGCAGCCCCCUCCAACCUCCAACCUUGUCCGUCUCCAAGUCUGCAGGGGACAUUAGGAGACAGGAUGUGGGGGCUCAAGGUUCUACUGCUGCUGCCCAUGGCAAGCUUUGCCCUGUACCCCGAGGAGACCCUGGACACGCAGUGGGAGCUCUGGAAGAAGACCUACGGGAAGCAGUAUAACAGCAAGGUGGACGAAAUCUCUCGGCGUUUAAUAUGGGAAAAGAAUUUGAAGCAUAUUUCCAUCCAUAAUCUUGAGGCCUCUCUUGGCGUCCAUACAUAUGAACUGGCCAUGAACCACCUGGGGGACAUGACCAGUGAAGAGGUGGUUCAGAAGAUGACCGGACUCAAAGUGCCCCCAUCUCGUUCCCGCAGUAAUGACACCCUCUAUGUCCCAGACUGGGAAAGCAGAGCCCCAGACUCCAUUGAUUAUCGCAAGAAAGGAUAUGUUACUCCCGUCAAAAACCAGGGUCAGUGCGGUUCCUGUUGGGCUUUUAGCUCUGUGGGCGCCCUGGAGGGCCAACUCAAGAAGAAAACUGGCAAACUCUUAAAUCUGAGUCCCCAGAACCUUGUGGAUUGUGUUUCUGAGAAUGACGGCUGCGGAGGGGGCUACAUGACCAAUGCCUUCCAGUACGUGCAGAGGAACAGGGGCAUUGACUCUGAAGACGCCUACCCGUACGUGGGGCAGGAUGAAAGCUGUAUGUACAACCCGACAGGCAAGGCGGCCAAGUGCAGAGGGUACAGAGAGAUCCCCGAGGGGAACGAGAAAGCCCUGAAGAGGGCAGUGGCCCGGGUGGGACCCGUCUCUGUGGCCAUUGAUGCAAGCCUGACCUCCUUCCAGUUUUACAGCAAAGGUGUGUACUACGAUGAGAACUGCAACAGCGAUAACCUGAACCACGCGGUUCUGGCGGUGGGCUACGGGGCCCAGAAAGGACGCAAGCACUGGAUAAUUAAAAACAGCUGGGGAGAAAACUGGGGAAACAAAGGCUAUAUCCUCAUGGCUCGGAAUAAGAACAACGCCUGCGGCAUCGCCAACCUGGCCAGCUUCCCCAAGAUGUGACCUCGGCCAGCCAGCCUCAUCCUGCUCUUCCAUUCCUUCUACGAGGGUGCGACGUACCGGUGCACUUUGGAAGGGAGUUGGUGUGCCUCUCUCGAGGCAGAAGUAGCAAUAUAGAGAUAGUCCAGUCGGCUUCCCCAUUUGUUUGUGCUUUGAGUGACACUCCUACUGCUUUCCCUCUCUCCACCCAAGGCCUUGAGUUGUCAUCGUGGCCACAGUAGCAAUUUUCCUAACAAGCGUGCGUCCUUCGGCUAAGAGACAUGACCACAGCCCGCCCUGACUGCUGCCAUGGCUGAUGCUGUGCAUGUAGUCAGAGGCUGGAGAUCUUUCGAUGGAUCCUUAUUCACAGGAUAGUUAGCUUUCACCUUCUGGAGGACUAAGGGGACCUGACCUCUCAGUCUCCAAGUUCCCUUCUGGAUCCUGAAGGUAGAAACUUCUGUUUUCCACCCUGGUUCAUAAAUAUAUUCACAAAUCUUUGGGACAAGUUUAUGUGACAUUAGAAAUAUGCUUCCUUUUGCCUUCUUUGCAUUUUUAAAGUAAACCGAGUAUUUAUCUGUCUCUAAUUUAAUAAAUACCUAUUUAGUAAAUAUUCA